UAAAAUGACCUGGCAUCCCUGUUUAUAGCAGAUAGCGCGAGUUUUAAUCCAUUUGUAAAUAUUUAUUAAAAUCAUUAAAAUACAGUUAAUUUAUAGAACUCUGGUUGAGUCUCGAUGAAUAAGCCAAGUUAUUAUCCCAAUUACUACUCAAUCGAUGAUGUGAUUAUCUCACAGGAACGCAUUCCUUGUCGGGUGCUGCAAAAUGUUUACGGAUUGGGUUUUCUCGAUUCAACCGAAAAGAGUGAGCAUCUCGAAGCAAAUCAACAGUUAGAGCUGCCCCUUUGGUAUUUAUUGCAGCAGGAUGAACGAAAUCCAAAUUUCCAGUUAAUAGUUCCAGAAAUUUUCACGGCUGCAUACAAAGAAAUCUACAAAGCAGACGCUAGUUACGUUGAGCUGGGAAAGCUUAACAAGUUUUAUUACGAAUUGGGUAUGUAUCUCUGUAAGUUCGAGGCUGGAGGGGACCUUGCAGGCAUGCUCUUUGAAACGGCUCAGGAACGUAUAAAAGGAAUUAAAGACAUGUGUAAUAAUGUGAGCAGUGAAAAUUUGACGGAUAACAAAAAUUUGGAAUAUAUGGAACGAGUGUUAUAUGAGUCCGGCAGUAAAAACCUCAAAAUGUUUUCCGAUUGGUUGCAGGAGAAAUCAGUUAAUAUCAAAUCAACUGAACUAGUGGUCAACCACAGAAAACGAAAACGCGACGCAAUGGAAAACGAUGACGGGUUUUCUCAAUCUUCCCAACGCAGCUCCAUAUAAAUACAUUAAUCCUCGAAACUUUGUUGAAAUUUUAAAUCAAA